UCACAGUACCUGAGGGAGACAGAGGAAAACCAGUCGGGGCAUGUGAAAUACUUAAUGCUCCAAUGAUUACUGAACUGGAACAAAGAGGAUAUAAAGGCAGAGGAAGACGAGGAACAGCUGCGCUGGAUGAAGCAGGACACAGGUGAGAGUGGGUGAAGAGUUGAAGACUGAGCUGAGGGAGAGGGACUGGUGGCAACGAGGAAAACAGGACACUGAAGAAAAAAUGAAAACACAAUCUGCACAGAGCUGUACUUUUAUGAUGCUUUCCUCACCGUGAGAUAGAAGCAGACCAAAGUCCCAACUCUGCUCUGCAUGGAGUGUCCUGGAAAAGAAAGAAAACAACUGGAAUUGCCCUUGAGAUCUCUGUUUAUGUUAAUCUUCUCCCUGGAGUCUGUAAGGUGCAGAGCCAUGACAAGGCUCUUGGUGUGGUGACUCGAACUGAAGCCGGGCCUGAAUCAGGGUGGAGGCAGCACCCCAGCAACCGGGAMGCUUCACAUUGUACCCAGCACCACAGCGGGACCGGGGGCACCUGAAUCCAGGCUGUGAGGGAGGGCAGCAGAGUGCGAGGGAGAGUAGACCAAACACAGGGGAACAAGGACGCCUCUGCAGCAGCUGCGGAGUCCAAAGUGGGACUUGGGAGACACUUGUUUUUUUUCCCCCUCUUGGGGCCGGAGGGACUGCRGCUGAGUUUUUCUUAAGAUUUUGGACAGUAUUCCAGCUUCUCUGUAACAGGACCUGUUUGGAAAACAGAAUGGAUAAGGAUGCUCUGCUGGACUAUGAGUAUCCAGAUCUGGAUCCUCUGCCUUCUAAAAUUGAAACAGAACAAAUCCCACCAUGUGAGCCCACUGCGGAUGACAUGCUCUAUCAUAUCUCCAUCACUGCGAUAUCUCUGGUCAUCAUGCUGAUUCUUGCGAUAUUGGCCAGACGCACAAAGACAGGCGAAAAACAGAAAGGCCUUCCAGGUUUACUCAGUCCGGUUAACUUCCUGGAUCAGACACAGCACAAGGGCCUGGCAGUGGCUGUGUUUGGGGUGCUGCUGUGCAAACUGUGGGGUCUGCUCGUAUCACCGAAUCCCCUCCCGUUUACCACAGACUCAAAGAAUAAACAGCACUGGGUGAUUCUGGGAGUCUUUUAUUACCCCACUCUAUACUACCCUCUCCUGGCAUGUGGCACGUUACAUAACAAAGUCGGCUACGUCCUUGGCAGCCUCCUGUCGUGGACACACUUUGGAGUUUUGGUGUGGCAAAAAAUCGACUGUCCCAAAACUCCUCUGAUACACAAAUACUACUCUCUGUUUUCCAGCCUGCCUCAGAUCGUUUGUUUGGCAUUCCUCAGUUUCCAGUACCCCCUGCUUCUAUUCAAAGGUUUCAAGAGCUCUGAAAGCACCAACGCCACCGAGGAUCUCAGCAGCAGCUAUUAUGGAGAUUACGUAAAAAAGAUGCUUAGAGAAAAGAAACCCAGCAAAAUCAGCUCAUUGAGAGCAGACAAACCUAAACUCCCUCAGAGGAUAAGUGAUGCUGUGAAGUCUUAUAUUUACACACCUGAGGAUGCAUUUCGUUUCCCUCUGAAGUUGGCAAUAUCAUGUGUAGUAUCUUUCAUAACCCUCUAUCAGAUGGGUCUAGUUUUGAUCUCAGCGGUAGUGCCAACUCUCCAGACCGCCCGGUACGGAGUCGACGAAAACAUUGCGAAUGUUUUAGCUGGUUUCCAGAUCAUCCUGUCUCCAGACAAACAUGAGGUUGCGAGGAUUGUGGUUCAUUAUUUGUGGUGUGUGGAAGUGUGCUACAUCUCAGCAAUGACUCUGUCUGCUUUGGUCAACGUGGUUCUGCUCAUGCGCUCCAUGGUUCUUCAUCGGUUAAAUCUGAAGGGGCUUUACAGAGGAGAUGUUUAUAAUGUCUACAACUGUCAGCGAAGCAUCAGGGCGUCCAGGCCGGCGCUGGUCUGCUGGAUGGGGUUCACCAGCUUCACCGCAGCUCACAUCUGCAUCGGAAUGAUCAUCCAGACGUUAGUGUUCUUCCUCUGUCUUCUGAUCGCCGUCUUCCUCAUAAUCAUACCCAUCCUGCAAAGACAGAAUCUGAUUCUCUUUCAGCUCCUCUGGAGCAUGUGGCCGUUCUGGCUGAUGAUUCUUCUGGCUGUGUUAAUUCAACACAUCACUGCCAGGUUUUGCUUCAUCAAGAAGACAGCGGGCACACAAGACUUAAACAACAGGGGUAAUCUCUUCCUCUUGACAUACCUGCUGUUCACUGUCAAUGUUCUGAUCGGGGUUCUUCUGGCUCUGUGGCGCCUGAUCAUCACAGCUCUGUUCAACAUCGUCCACAUGGGGCGUAUGGAUAUUAGUCUUCUUAACCGCAAUGUGGAGGCGUUUGACCCAGCCUACCGCUGCUACGCUCAUUAUCUGAAGAUUGAGGUGAGCCAGUCUCAUCCAGUGAUGAAAGCCUUCUGCGGGAUGCUGCUACAGUCUGCRGGCCAGGAGAGCAAAGCUGCACAGAGGACACGGGACGCUGAAGAGGGGAUUCAGCUGGUUCAGCAGGAGAAGAAAAAGAACAAGCUGUCGAGUGCCAAGCGUGCCCGCAGGCGCUGGUGGCUCCUGUACACCCUGGUCAACAACCCCUCCCUGGUGGGAACCAGGAAGCACUUCCAGCGGCAGACUGCRGACAGCUUCCUGAAUGGGAGCUUCAAGCGCAGGGCCAUGGAGGGAGGCAAAAAGGAGGCGACGACCAAGGAGGCUGAGGCCGCCGCAGACAACUGAGCAAGAUGGAUGGAUGGAAUAUCAAUGGGUCUGGGUCAAAUACUGUUGUCUUGCAAUUAUUUUUUCUCAAACAGGUCUGUAUUUGGCAACAAAGUGCAUUAAAGCUCAGUGCCACAUGUGAAUAUAAGUCUUUACUAUUUAUUUAGGGGUGGUGGGGCCUCUCUUUCAUAUGAGGGUCACAUUCUGAAAUAUUCAAAUGAAACACUCAAAUGGCUGUUUUCUUUUCUAAAACCUUAAAAAAAAUUGGUUUGUAUUAUUUGUGCUUAUUUUGGGACACAUCUGAAGGUAGCUUCUCACUGACGACUAAAAUUGUGAGAAAAUGUGCCUUAUUGUGUAGUUGUUGAUGUGUUCACAAUGCAUUCUGACUGUUUAUAACCAGUUGAACCUUGAGACUAGUUUUUGAAAAUUGCAGCUUAUUUUGAUUAUUUUGUUGCCUACAUCAUGCCAGCUUCAGCUUUGAUCCUAUCUUAGCAGUUGACCACAUCUGCUGAGUUCACUGUUGAAAUGAAAAAGAUUUUGGCUUUCCAAUAACUAUCAUCAGUAAAGCUUUUAGACGUGAUGUUUUCUGUCAGAGGAGAGCUCUUGUGUCGGUGUCUAAAUGCAGCUUUGCACCCUUGAUCAGUUUGAUUCACCUGCAGUAACGCAGUUAAUUACAAUUAAUAUUGUUUGUUGUAGAUAGCUCUUGAACAUUUUCACAGUGUUUCAUUCUGACAAGACUGAAAAUCUUGAUGUCUAAACAAACAGGAACAAGACCAAGUGGUUUUAUAGAACUCAGUUUUUUUUUUUUUUUUAAUCAUGCUCUUUUAAUGCAAACAAAAUUUAUAGACCUUUGCUCCGCUGGUAAUUUUGUAGAACAUAGUUAUAGUGCAAAUUAUGAAUAGUAUGGUAUUUCUAGCAAAAGUUCUCCAGGCUGAACUAAAGGGGCUACAGCUAGCUGCUGCUACUAUAUACACUUGCAUCCCAUCAAAUUAAAUAACUGUGUUAUAUGCAGAACUGAUGACAAUGUAAAAUGUAGUGUUCACAGGCUGGAGUUGUUUUAAGAUAACUUCGUCACUUUUGUCUGCAUAAUUCAGACUAACCAUUAACUCAUCAGUUUGAUCAGAAUUGAACUCAUUUUCUCCAAACUGAGUUUGUUCAAAGAGCUAUCUGCAACAGGUAAGAUAUUAUUUGUUCAUUACCUAUCUACAAAGGCCCCAUUUAAAUAAGAAAUCUCCAACCAGAUUUCAACCUCAAGGUUAAUCAUAUUUUCAUUUAUAGACUAUAGAAAAAAAUAGUUUUAGCUGCUAAAACUAAACAGAUGGACAGAGCAUCAUGUAUUUAUGCACAGAGAAAAUAAUAAUGAGAACUAUUUAUGAAUAUACAAACUGAAAUGUUUAGAUUGUUUUGUUUUGUUGGUUGGUUUAGUAAAUACUCUCACACAUAAAUCAAACGAACCUGUGAAAUAGGAGCUGCAAUAGAAAAAGAAAUAUAUCUUGUUUCGUUUAAUCUGAAACUAUUUUUGCUGCUACGCAUUCCAGACUUUAUUUCUGUUGUCAAAAAUGUUUUCUGGUUUUCUCUUGUUUCAGCCGAAUCUCAUUGUUUUUCUCUGCAUUACUGUCGUAAAAAUAACAUAAAAUGAUCCAGUUUCUUCCAUCUGAUUUACUGUGAAAAUAAACUGAUACUAAAGAUGUAUUGUGAUGAACUAAA